CGGCCCCGGGGCCUCCAUGAUGGAGGAGCGAGCGGCCGCCGCGGUCGCCGCCGCCGCCUCCGCCUCCUCCUGCCGCCCGCUCGGCUCCGCUGCGGGUCCUGGCCCGCCUGGGACGGGCCCCGUCUCCAGCCCUGCCCCCGGGCCCGGCCCAGCAGGAAAGGGUGGCGGCGGCGGAGGCAGCCCGGGGCCCGCGGCCGGCCCGGAGCCCCUGAGCCUCCCCGGGAUCCUGCACUUUAUUCAGCACGAGUGGGCGCGCUUCGAGGCCGAGAAGGCCCGCUGGGAGGCCGAACGCUCCGAGCUGCAGGCUCAGGUGGCCUUUCUCCAGGGAGAGCGGAAAGGGCAGGAGAAUCUAAAGACAGACCUGGUGCGGCGGAUCAAGAUGUUAGAAUACGCGCUGAAGCAGGAAAGGGCCAAAUAUCAUAAACUGAAGUUUGGGACAGACCUGAACCAGGGGGAGAAGAAACCAGAUCUGCCAGAACAAGUUCCCAAUGGCCCUGUGGAGUCAGUCACCCUGGAGAACAGCCCUCUGGUGUGGAAGGAGGGACGGCAGCUGCUCCGACAGUACCUGGAAGAGGUGGGCUACACGGACACCAUCCUUGACAUGCGGUCCAAGCGUGUGCGCUCCCUGCUUGGACGCUCCCUAGAGCUCAACGGGGCUACUGAGUCCAGCGAGGGGCCCCCCAGGGUGGCACCUAAUCCUGGGGGCCUCAGUGGCAGCGAGUCCCUGCUGGUGAAGCAGAUUGAGGAGCAGAUCAAGAGGAAUGCAGCAGGCAAAGAUGGCAAAGAGCGUCUGGGUAGCUCGGUGCUGGAGCAGAUCCCCUUCCUGCAGAACUGCGAGGAUGAGGACAGCGAUGAGGAUGAUGAGCUGGACAGUGUGCAGCACAAGAAGCAGCGCGUGAAGCUCCCUUCCAAGGCCUUGGUGCCUGAGAUGGAGGAUGAGGAUGAGGAGGACGACUCAGAGGAUGCCAUCAACGAGUUUGAUUUCCUGGGCUCGGGAGAGGAUGGGGAGGGGUCUCCAGGCCCUCGGCGGUGUACCAGUGAGGGGACCCCCCACGAGCUGGAGAGCCGUCGAGUCAAGCUCCAGGGAAUUCUGGCCGACCUUCGGGACGUAGAUGGGCUGCCCCACAAAGUGACAGGCCCACCUCCCGGCACACCCCAGCCCCGGCCCCACGAAGGUUCCUUUGGCUUCUCCUCAGACGUUUUCAUCAUGGACACUAUCGGGGGCGGGGAGGUGAGCCUGGGGGACUUGGCAGAUCUCACCGUCACCAACGACAACGACCUCAGCUGUGAUCUGUCUGACAGCAAAGAUGCCUUCAAGAAGACAUGGAACCCCAAGUUCACCCUCCGCUCACACUAUGAUGGCAUCCGCUCCCUGGCUUUCCAUCACAGCCAGUCGGCACUGCUCACCGCCUCCGAGGACGGCACACUCAAGCUCUGGAACCUGCAGAAGGCAGUCACGGCCAAGAAGAAUGCUGCACUGGACGUGGAACCAAUCCAUGCCUUCCGAGGUCACAGGGGGCCUGUGUUGGCGGUGGCUGUGGGCAGCAACAGUGAAUACUGCUACAGUGGCGGUGCCGACGCCCGCAUCCACAGCUGGAAAAUUCCGGACCUCAACAUGGACCCCUACGAUGGUUACGACCCCAGCGUCCUGAGCCACAUCCUAGAGGGCCAUGGGGAUGCCGUGUGGGGCUUGGCCUUCAGCCCCACCUCCCAGCGCCUGGCGUCCUGCUCUGCUGAUGGCACCGUGCGCAUCUGGGACCCCAGCAGCAGCCCGGCCUGCCUCUGUACCUUCCCUGCAGCCAGUGAGCACGGAGUUCCCACUUCAGUGGCCUUCACCAGCACCGAGCCUGCCCACAUCGUGGCCUCCUUCCGCUCUGGUGACACCAUCCUGUAUGACCUAGAGACUGGCAGUGCCCUCCUCACGCUGGAGUCCCGGGGAAGCAGCGGCCUAAGCCAAAUCAACCAGGUGGUGAGUCACCCCAACCAGCCCCUUACCAUCACUGCCCAUGACGACAGGGGCAUCUGCUUCCUGGACAAUCGGACAGGUAAAUCCGUGCACUCCAUGGUUGCCCACCUGGAUGCGGUCACCUGCCUAGCUGUGGACCCCAAUGGCGUUUUCCUGAUGUCAGGAAGCCACGACUGCUCCCUGCGCCUGUGGAGCCUGGACAACAAGACGUGCGUGCAGGAGAUCACAGCCCACCGCAAGAAGCAUGAGGAGGCCAUCCAUGCUGUUGCCUGCCACCCCAGCAAGGCCCUCAUCGCCAGUGCUGGCGCCGAUGCCCUGGCCAAGGUCUUCGUAUGAUGCCCACCUGGCCCCGCCCUGGCCAACACACUGGCUGAGGAGCAGGGCCGGGCAGGUGGGGCUGAGGUGAUUGCAGCCUCACUCGGAGGCUCGGGUUGGCCUCUCCCCACUUGCUGUGGAGCCUGGUGGUGCUAACUAAGGGCCCUGUCCCAGGAAUGCUUUCCCUUGGCUCUUGUCCCCACACACUGGCCUGGGGACAUGCCCUUCGGGAAUCGCUGCCCGGGCCCUCAGACACCCAUUCCUGCACCAGCUGCCCUCUCACAUGCAGCUCAGCCAGGGCCGGGUCUUUGGGGAUCAGUUUUUCCAAGAUGCCAGAAGGUGCCAGGUUCUCCCCUUGACUCCCACCCGCUGGCCUGUGGGAGCUGUGCUGGGAGGAGUCUCCUGACGCCCCUCCUCCAUGGGGACCCCUGUGGCAGUGGGAGCCUGCCUGGCCCACCCCCCAGCUCCUCCCGUUUUCCAGACACUAACCUCCAGGGCCGGGACUUUGCCCCCAGACUCCCAGGGUGCCCCUCCCUGAGGCGUGGGGGUGAAGUGGGGACCCCGUGUAGCUCCCUGUAUAUCUGUAAAAAUGGACAGGAUUUUAAUGGCGCCCCUCCCCAAGUUAUCACUGUGUGAUAGUCUUCGUCAGUCUUUUCCUGGCUCCACAUUUUGCCUCUAUUUAUUUCACUCUUCGUUUGGGUUCCACCCUGAGCCCAAGCCCUUGACCCCCCUUCAGGUUCCUGUUUAUAAGCCACCCCCUGCCCCUGAAUUGUACGUGAAAACUUGUCUCAAUAAACCCUUUGGAGUAAGA